CGGAGUUAGCCCGGUCCUCCCACGCGCGCCUCCUUCCCCUCAGCCGCCGCGCUUGUCGGUCCCACUGGCUCUCCCGUGCCGGUAGCUCACCUCCGCAUCACCCCCUCGCCCGGUUCCUAGAGGGAAGUGACUCCGUUCCCCUCCCACCCCCACCCCUGUCCGCCUUUUGCUUUCAGGCAGCCGCCGCACCUAGGUCGGGCCCGCCCGCUGACGUCACCUAGCUCCGCCUCCUCCAGGGUCCCGGGCCCUUGCGGCGGGGGCUGCCCCGGGGGGAGUCAGUUGAGGCGGCGGGAGCUCGGCGGAGGGCGGGCCAGGUUGACUGGUCCGGGCCAUGCCGAGGAAGAAGCCCUUCAGCGUGAAGCAGAAGAAGAAGCAGUUGCAGGAUAAGCGGGAGCGGAAGCGAGGGCUUCAAGAUGGGCUACGCUCCAGUUCCAACAGCCGCAGCGGGAGCCGGGAGCGGCGGGAGGAGCAGACCGACACCUCGGACGGGGAAUCUGUUCUUGCUGGGAUUUACCCCAUCGCCCAGAUUCAAGAGCCCUACACUGCUGUAGGCUAUCUGGCCUCCAGGAUCCCUGUGCAGGCAAUCCUCCACCUCCGCCACCCAGAGGCUGAGGAUCCCUCCGCUGAGCACCCCUGGUGUGCCUGGGACAUCUGUGAAGCCUGGGCAGAGAAACGUGGGUACAAGACAGCCAAAGCAGCUCGCAACGAUGUAUACAGAGCGGCUAACAGCCUCCUGAGGCUGGCAGUGGAUGGUCGUCUCAGCUUAUGUUUCUAUCCCCCGGGCUACAGCGAACAGAAAGGCACCUGGGAGUCUCAUCCAGAGACCACGGAGCUGGUGGUUUUACAGGGCAGGGUGGGGCCAGCUGGUGACGAGGAAGAGGAGGAGGAGGAAGAGCUGAGCAGCUCCUGUGAGGAGGAAGGAGAGGAGGACCGAGAUGCUGAUGAGGAGGGAGAAGGGGAUGAAGACACCCCAACCUCAGCUCCAGGGUCCUGCCUGGCUGCCCGAAACCCUUAUGCCCUGCUGGGUGAGGAUGAGUGCUGAGUCCCCAUCUAGAGCCAUCUUUCCUCCCAAUAUCUUUGCUUUUGGACUGAUCUGGAGGCAUCUCCCGUCUGCCACCCCGAUUGUGAAUAAAGAUUGUCUGCUUUGUA